UUUUAUGUUUUCUCCCCUAAUGUGUCGAUUCUCCUGGUCCAAAACAAUCGUCCGCCAUUUUCGAGUUACAUUCCAACUUGUGAAAUUGUGUUGUAGACGACGGCGUUGAAUUCUUGGAAAAUUAAAGAUUAAAGAGCAGUUAUUACAAGAUGGCAGGCAUCACACACCUGAUCCCUGCAAGAUUCUUGUGCCUCAUUGCUCACAUGGUGGUCAGCAUAACCAUUCUGUGGUCUCGGGAUGCAAAUAUUAGGGCUUGUUUGCCAAGUUCCUACACACAAGCCGAUUAUAACAGUGCCGACACUGGAUUUCUGGCGGGUUUAAUUCUCUCACUCAUCUUCAUCGCCAUGGAGCUCGCCGGCUUCAUGUCAGGGGUCACCAUGUUCGUCAAUAUGGAAUCCCUCUUCUCUAUAACUGCGCAUGCAGUUGGUGCUGUUUUCCUGUCCUACUUUCUCCUUGAAGCCUGGCCCUGCAACACGUAUUGGUACAUGUUUGGUUGUAGUAGUGCCUUCCCUUUUGUGGUAGAUACCUUUGUGAUCAUCUCCAAGAUCUUUUUCAACAAGUCCAGUUGAUGACCCCACGAACUCGUCACGAAACACCAAAGUCUAUCAUGUGUACAUAAAAGUGUAAAUAUUAUUCUAAAUUAUUUUUAAAUCAUCAGAAAUUGAUAGCCAAAAUCUGGUUUUACUCUUUUACCUUCUUGGGUUUGUAGUUGAAAUCGUAAAUAAUGUUUUCAAUUGGCAAACUUCGUAAAGAAUUCUUAAAUUUUAGUUCACACAUAAGGAUUACAUGUACUUCAAUUCAAAGUACUGUUUCAAAAGAGCAAAUGAUUCCGUCCACUUUUCUGCAUUUAAUAGUUUUUGUGGUGUUGUGUAUUUUCUUCAGCCAUUUGCAUCAUGUUUUUUUUUUCGUUGUAUAAGAUUGGUGAGAAACUGCUUUUCUUUUUAUAGAAGCCUUUAAAUACUUUGAUAAAACAUUAAAGGAGAAUAAUUUCUUUAUGGAUGAAAUGAAUGAAAUAUAUGUAAAUACUGCUGUUUAUGUGAUGACACUUUAAUUUAAUUUUUUAAUGUUGAACAUGUUCAUUGUAAAUAAAAUAUGAAGUGAAGUAAAUUGAAGUUUUGAACAUAAAUGACAGUAGCAUUGAGAUAUUGCAGAGUGUUCGAUGAGUUGCUUUUCAAAAAAAGUUGGGGCUUUCGAGUCACAGAGUUUAAUUAAAUGCAGAAACAAAAAAUGUACAAAAAAGUUUACUAUUGCGUAUAAAUCCUUGUGGAACAAAAGCAUUGCGAUUUCAACAUGGCCACACUGCAAAGAGUCUAUAGACUCGUUAAGGGGCGGGGCUCAAGACGGAGGGAGGGAGGAUUGAAUAAGAAGACAUGGUAAAAAUUUGCACACUGACUGAACGCUCUGGUUUCUAUGGUUUAUUCAACUUAAAAAAAUCGACUGGGAAGACAUUCAAUUAAAUAUAGGAGAUAGAUCGAAUCGAGAAGUAUCAAUUAUGAUUAGCUCUGAAAGAUAUACAGUUGUAUUACUUUUUUUUUUAAGUGCUUUGAAGUUCUUAAAAAACAAAUUCAGAACUUUUUGCUAGAAGCGUUAAACGUGCAUACAAUAAUUGUAUGAUACAAUUUCGUGCAGCUUAUACCAAAUAAAACUGUUCUUUCAGAGGAAAACAUAA